CCUUUCACACUCCAAUUAAGCAGUGGGAUAAAAAUUUGCAGCCGCUAUGGCAUCUGUAACAAAGUAUUUAAAUGAAUGCACCGAAUCAUUAGAAAAAAGGGAAACUAGAAAAAAGAUGGCCAACUGUUCUAUUUUGAGACUUGAGAGGUAAGAGUGAAUAUAUAAAAAGAAAUGUGCAAUAAGAGGGUGAACUCUGUAAAAAACGGCCGCUAGGGAGCAUGGACCCCGAUCGGUCACUUAGGUUUUCCAAUUUCUUUAUAAAACAAAAACAUGUAUGCUUGAGGAUACAAAAAGGAGUCUCUGUCCUUGACCAAGCAAAUAAAGCCAAAACAAUAUAGAUCUUCAAUUACAACGGUUGUAAUAUUUCCUCACUGUUAUUUUGCGUCAUAAUCUUACUAGAUAGGAGCAGCUUCAUAAAUUUAGUUUCCCACUCAUUUUUGUCCAUGUCCACCUUUUUUGUAAGGUGGUAUUUCAUGUGAAUCAUGCCAUAUCUAUAAGAGUGUUUUUUACCAUUAUUUUAGAAAUAAUGAUAGGUUGUCAGAUGGGUGGGGCGAUCCCAUUGGACGAGGCAUGGUGGGACAACAUGGUCCUUGUUUUAAUUUUUCUAUUCAUGUUUCAAACUUAUUUCGUUCUAUUCACUCAUUUUGCAAGUAUGCAUAUUAGCUCAUUUCACAAGCAUCUAGUGUUAUUUGGAUUCCUCUUAGUAAGGUGUAUUUGAAUUAUUUUAUUGAGAGGGUGAGUCUUGGUAGUAACAAUAAAGGUUGCUCCUUUAUGAUUGGAGGUCAUGGGGUUCGAGUUGUGGAAAUAGUUUUGUUGCAAAAUAGUUGGUGGGGUUGUGCAAAGAACCCCUCUCUCGACCCUUGCAGAGCAUUGAACCUUGUGCACUUGAAACACCAUUUCUGUUGAGAUUUUUCUCUCCCUUUUUUCUUAGCCUCACAUAAUAUUUUUGUUGGUUUCUUAUCCAACCUAAGUCUCGGCCAAACUACAAGAUCAAUCGUAAAUCAAGAAAGAUAAAACAAAAAUUUAAAGAACACGAGAUGUACGUGCUUGGAUCUGAAAAGAUCCUACUCGCGGUAGAGGCUUAUCACCCCUAGUCAAUCCACUAUGUUUUUCAAGAUUACAAUCAGAUUACAAGAUCACAAUAAAACAAACAAUAUGGCAAAUACAAAACUGAAACAAAAUACAAUAGAAUACAACCUUCAAGAACAUGUGCAAAAUCUGAUCGACCGAUCUCAAGAUCAAGUCAUGUAUAUGUUCUUUCAGUUUCUUCCCAUUCUCACACACCUCAAGUGAUUAAAACAACAAAGAUUACACAAUACAGUUACUUUACAGAGUGAUCUUACCACAUAACCGAACCGAUUGAUCGAGAGAAAGAUUCACGAGAGAGUGUCUCUCUUCAUGCUUCAAAAUAGGGUUUCAGAAGAAUGAGAAUGAGCGAUCUUUUGAUUAAGGCAUCAAGGAGCCCUUAUAUAGCAACGAGGAACCAAGCUGGGCCGAAGCAUAACACGCAUGGGCCACAUGAAAAUUGAGCUUAGCUUGUAACAUAUUUCGGCCCAAUAGAUCUUGGCCCAUAUUGAAAAACAACAGAUUAUAUACACAUUUAAAUUUCAUUUAAAUGAGAGUAAUAUAAAAACCCAAUUUGCGUAUAUGAAAAAAUGCAAACAAAAUGCACAUAACAAAUAUAUGAAAAUACAUUUUGAAUCACUUUAAUUAACAAUUUCUUUUUCUUCUCAUAAUCUCAUCGUCUCUGUAUUUCUCUUCUUGUUCUUCUCUUCUUAUUCUAUCUCUUCUAUUUCUUCUUGUUGUUGCUCGAACACAAUAAUGAAUUUAUAAGGCGAAAACGCCGUCGUUAAGCCUUCCAAGUUUACAAGGAAGAAAACAAUGAGGGCGUGGGGACAAACACUCUGAUGCUUAAAUAAGAUAUUAAGGAUGCUGAGGCCCGAGAAUAUUAUUCACACAAGUAUCAUAGACGUAUUUUUUCUGGAAUGAGAGCUUACUUAUUUAUAAUAGUGCAUGGAGUAAUCUUAAGUCCACUAGGAUUAAGACUCUCACAGAUGACGUUUUUCUUCUCGAAGAAAUUUUCGAAUGCCAAAGUUAUCUUGAUUUGUGCAUUGCGUGGGACCUCUCCCAUAUUUAGGGAAACAUACCAACAAGAAGCUCACAGGGGUGGGAGACCCUUGGUUUUGCUGCUGAAGGAGGCAAUGGGAGACACCAAGGGUCUCCCGCAAGUGUUGAGGCCGAAGGUCCCACCUCAUAGGUGACGACUUGGUCUCUCGACCCCACGAGCUUGUUACCAGUAUGUUUUCUCGAAUACACCACCCGCGGGGGGGGGGGGGGGGGGGGGGGGUCUCACGCAAUGUGCAAAUUAGGAUAAAUCUAGCAUCUGGAAAUUACUCCGAGAGGAUAAAUGCCAUUUGUAAGAGAUAAGCAUCAUUUGUAAGAGUCCUAAUCCUGGUGGGCUUAAGAUUACUCCAUGUACUACUAUAAAUAAGCAAGCCCUCAUUUCAGAAAAUGUAAGUCUCUAAUACUAGUGUGAAUAUUAGUCUCGGGCUCUCAACACCCUUAGUUUCUAAUUUAAGUAUCGGAGUAUUUGCGCAAGGAGUUUCUUGUGCCCUCUGAUUGUUUUCUUCCUUGCAGAUCCAGACAUCUUUGAUCCUACAUCAUAUCUACUAUCUCUUUUAAGUGCUUACUUUUAUUUAAGCAAAUCAAUCACAAAUUAUCCCUUUGCGGUUCAAUGUUUGCAAAUUGCAAUAAAGUUUUCUCCACUUCUUGCUUUUGUUUUUUGUUGGCAACCUGAUAGUCCACAUUUCUGAAGUAGCAAUAUAGCAUCAGAAUUUUCAUUAAGUAGCUCCUUCUGUACGAGGUCAUCCAAACCCUUACCUAGGUGCUUUGGAUGGAUGAUUGAGUUGUCAGGUUUUACUGGAAUUUUGUCUCUCACAGGAGAUUAUGUUAACGGUCUAUUUAAGGAAUUAUACUUUUUAAGCAGAGAAGAUUCUAAACAGUUAGUUGGUUUACAUUUGAUGUCUGCCCCACUGUAGUAAUAAUAAUAUUGUCGCACAUUUUCUUCCUUCUACAUUGUUUAGUACUGUUGGAGGAGUGACUGUGUUGCCCCUACGCUUUUCUAACAUUGUGUUUCAUAACAAAGCUUUGAAAGGCAUUUUUCUUUUUGUAUCUUAGAUGUUGAGCUUACAGGAUAGGUAGUUGUUUGAUGCUCAUUUGACCAGAUGUUGCCUUGUAGUAGAUGUUUGAAAACUGAGGCUGGCAUCUACUAGAAUUUCUGACUGUGGAGCUUAGAUGGAUGACAGUGGGCGUUGUGAAAAUGGAAGAAAUAAACCGCCUCAGGGUCAGUGGUUGAUGCAGCAUCAGCCAUCCAUGAAGCAUAUAAUAGCCAUCAUGGCAGAAAGAGAUGCUGCUAUUCAAGAAAGAAAUCUAGCUAUUUCUGAGAAGAAGGCAGCUUUAGCAGAGCGAGACACGGCAAUUCUACAGCGGGAUUCAGCAAUUGCAGAAAGAAACAGUGCCGUAAUGGAACGAGAGAAUGCCAUUGCAGCUCUCCACUAUCGAGAAAAUCCAAUGACUAGCGGUAAUAUGGUGCCAUGCCCUCCGGGACGCCAAAUAUCUCGAGGGGUGAAGCAUGUGCACUAUCCAGAGCAGAACGAAGCCCAACAGGCUCAUUUGGCUGAAGUCCCAUACAGUUUGAGGGAUAUGCACACAAGUGAUGGGCUCACUGCCUCACCAGUUUUCUCCGAACCUGUCAAGUCUAAACAGACCAAAAGAAGAAAGGUGGCCAAGGAAAUCGCACCUAACAAAAAGCCUUCCAAAUCGACAGGGAAGGCAAAGAUGGGAGGGGAUAUGCAUGGCAAGUCCAAUGAGUGGAAAAGUGGAAAUGAUACUGUCAAUGGGGGUGAUGAUCCUAAGAAACAGUUGCUUAGGUCAAAGCCUGGCUGGAAGGAUCGGGGCCUUGGGCUGAACCAGGUAGCCUUUGACGAGGGUGCCAUGCCAGGCCCAAUUUGCUCGUGCACUGGGACCCUACGACCUUGCUACAAGUGGGGAAACGGGGGUUGGCAGUCUUCAUGCUGCACUACCAGCAUUUCCAUGUAUCCACUGCCGGCUGUGGCUAACAGGCGCCAUGCCCGGGUUGGUGGUCGAAAGAUGAGUGGAAGUGCAUUCAGCAAACUGCUUAGCCGGCUCGCAGCUGAAGGGCAUGAUCUGUCAAAUCCGGUCGAUCUCAAGGAUUAUUGGGCUAAGCACGGGACAAAUCGCUAUAUCACCAUCAGGUAGAAUGGAAGGAUCUAUCAAUGAAUGGAGGAAGCAUAAAGAAGUUCAGACUAGAGCUUUCAGAAGGCAGGCAGCCAGCCAGCCAAAUAAACAUUCUAUGCCACUUGCUGUGGUUUUAGCAAUAGAUUUCUUUCGCCAUGCCCAGUUGUUCUGUAUCAGUUUUCUAGGUACAUAGUUGAACACAGUGAAAGUGAGAAUCGAGCCACUUCCAUGUAUGUAACUGUGGAUAUUGUAAAGGGCAGCUGAUGAAUUUGAAAGUCCUGUUGUACGUGUGUUA